AGCCGAGUGCCGGUUGAAGGACCCCAACGAGCCAAGAUGGCCGCGCCCGUGGCAGACGCCGGCGAUUUCGAAAAGUGGCUGAAUGAGCGGCUCGACGCGUUAGAGGUGGACCGCGAAGUGUACGGCGCCUAUAUUUUGGGCGUACUACAAGAAGAGGAGAGCGACGAGGAAAAACGAGACGCGAUUCAAGGAAUUUUAUCGGCGUUUCUGGAUGAAGAGGACACGCUGGAAGAUGUCUGCCAACAGAUCAUCAAGCAUUGGACGGAUUACUGCAUCCGCUCUGCAAACAAGCAGGAUGCUGGAGAUGUUGAGGUCCAGGCCAUCGCAAGCAUGAUCGAGAAGCAGGCUCAAAUUGUGGUGAGGCACAAAGAAGUGUCGGAGGAGACCAAGAAACGCAAAGAGGCCCUCCUGGCGCAGUACGCCAACAUUACAGACGAAGAGGAUGAAGGUGAAGAGGAAGAGUCGCCAAAUGGAAGCUUCAUGCCCGGACAGGACAAGUCCAUGUUCAAGAACACCAACGUGGAGGAGGUCUUGAACAGACAAAAGCAAAAGCGGGACCAGGCCCGUGAAGAUGCCCAGAAAAAGAAGGAAAUCGACAAGAUGCAGCGGGAGAAGGACAAACUUGCCAAACAAGACAGGAAGGAGAAGGAGAAGAAGCGAACACAGAAGGGAGAACGCAAAAGAUAAAAGCAGGAGAAAGGACAUGUGGGAGGGGAGGGGGUGAUGUGUGAAAGCACUGAAACGUGCAAUGUAUUCAACUGUUGUUUUUGUUAUCAAAACGUCCAAUCACAUCCUAUGGCAAAAAAAAUGCAAGCGAGAUUAAGAACAAGCAGUUGUUAAAAUUGUGUCUUUUUAAAGUAAUAAAACAUUUGGAGUAAU